AUUCCCCAAUCCAUUCCAUGGAAUUUAACUUCUGCUAAAAGAAGAAGCACUCUUUGCCUGCCCUAUUAUCUGUGCAUACUAAUAUCUUAAUACAUCUAAAUCAACCCAUCGGUUCACAGAUGCGAGUAACAGGUUGAAAACAGGACUACAUUCUACAGUGAUAAAUUACGGGUUGCGAAUUCUUGCCAACAUAAUGGAAACACAGUAUUUCCAGUACAAGGGGAUUAAUUUUGCGUCAAUGCUUUAUUCUGAAGAGCGAUUACAUUUCCUUGAAAAUGACUUUCAGGUUCGUGAUGAUGAUGUCUUCAAUGUUACUUUCCCUAAAUCAGGAACCCAUUGGAUGGUAGAGAUCCUGAGCCUUAUACGUUCCAAUGGCGACCCAUCUUGGUGCCAAAAAGUACCUAACUGGGAAAGAAUACCCUGGCUUGAGAUUAGUGGUUAUGCUGGCCAAUUUGCUGAUCAUCAAACAUCCCCUCGUUAUUUCUCCUCUCAUUUACCCAUUCAGUUUUUUCCAAAAUCUUUUUUUACUUCCAAAGCAAAGAUCAUAUACACAGCACGGAAUCCCAAAGAUGUACUGGUGUCCCUCUACAAUUUUGCUCUUAUGUCCACAGUGAUUAAAACACCUCAUAGCUUUGAUGAACUAAUCGAGGACUUUCUGAAUGGCACAGUGCCAUUUGGUUCCUGGUUUGAUCACAUCAAGGGCUGGAUGCAGAUGAAAGACAGAAAUAAUUUUUUGUUUAUCACUUUUGAAGAGUUGAAAAAGGAUCAUAGAGGCACAGUAAUGAAAAUCUGUAAGUUCCUUGGGAAGGAGUUGGACGAAGAAGCUCUAGACUUAGUAGUGGAACAUUCCAGCUUUAAGAUGAUGAAAGACAACAGCAUGUCCAAUCACAGCCAAGCUCCAGAAUUCUUCAUUGACAAGAACAGUAAUUUCCUGAGAAAGGGAAUUAGUGGAGACUGGCGAAAAUGUUUAACAGAAGCCCAAAAAGAAAAUGUUGACAAACUUUACAAGGAGAAAAUGGAAGGCUUUAAUAUGAAAUUUGUCUGGGACGAGCUUUAAAACACUUUGAAAAACCCUCAUAAGUUAUAAGCAGAACAAUUUUAAUAAAUAUUAGGUUUGGGUGUUGUACUUUAUUUUGCUGUUUUUGGUCCAAUGUCUCCUUCCUUUCUUAAGUACUAACGAUAGAAAAUAUAACUUGCAAUGUAUGUGCAAUUUUAA